UCAGACCGUUACCGUUCUAAAUGUUUGGGAAACUUGCUACACAAGUGUGACCUUUUCAUUAUGCAAUCAAUUGCUUGAUAAAUGCUACAAACAAAGCCGCAGUCAACACUAUUGUUUGACAACCGCGUUUUAUUUGAGAAUCCUACUAAUAUUAUAAAUGCUAAUCAAUAUUCCCUUUCCAACUAGUAUUAGAAUUGGGUGCGACAGUAGAUUAAUAUCAAUAUUUUAACAAUAGUACAAUAAUAAUCAUACUAUUUUUGUGCUCUGCGGUGUGAUAGAGGGUCUAUCGUUCACGGGCGAUAAAACGAAAUUGACUGCAUUAGUUGUUGCCGAGGGAAGUUCCUCCUAUACAUCAACGUUUUGCUCCACGAGCGACUCGACGUUUAUACUCGUAUCAACUUGUACUAUUUUUAAGUACCAUUAGUAGAUAUCUAAUCUGUCAUCAUCAGUUAGUCCAUCUUAUAUUAAUUAAUUAUUUGUUACGCUAAAGAAUCCUGAGCGUCGCGAGGAAUUUAGGAGUACGAGAGUUUAUUCCAUGUGUCAUUGAACUUAAGAAAGGCGUAGUGUUUUGGUGUUUAUAGAUAUGUGCAAGUUGUAAUGUAAUGAUGGUUUCUGAUAGGAAUUAAAAUGUUAACUUUAUAAUUAUGAUUGAUUUUCAAAUACAUGAUUAGAUUAUAUUUCACUAUAAAUAUAAGUCAAAUUUAUGCGAUGCGUUUGUUGUACUAGACACUAAAAUGAAACUGUUGCUGAUUUUACUCGGUCUGUGCCUAGCUGCCGCAGCCGAAGAGUUGCCAAUCUGGGAGGAUUACCAUGAGGAGUUCGGCAUCCCCGAGGCGGCGCGCAUCCGCGCGGCCGAGGAGUCCGUGGACUUCGACGGCGCGAGGAUCGUCGGAGGAACUCAGUCCAACCUCGGCCAGCACCCCCACUUGGCCGGGCUGCUGAUCCAACUGGUGGGCAACAGAGAGUCGAUCUGCGGCGCGUCCCUCAUCUCUGUCACCAGGAUCCUGACGGCGGCGCACUGCUGGCGGCACGGCAACAACCAGGGCACGCAGCUGACCGUCAUCCUCGGCUCCGUGCGGCUGAACUUCGGCGGCACCCGCCUGACCACGAGGAACGUGCAGAUGCACGCGCAGUACAACAUGCAAAAUCUCAACAACGACAUCGCCAUCGCCGCUAUCAACCGCGUCACUUUGAGCAACACCAUCAACACCAUCAACAUCGCGACCGGCACCAACCUGUUCGUCGGCGUCUGGGCCACGGCCUCCGGGUUCGGUAGAACAAGCAAUAACCAGCCCGUGGGCCCGCUGCAAGUGCUGAGCCACGUGUCCAUGCAGGUGAUCACCAACCAGGUGUGCGCCAGCUCGUACGGCACCAGCAUGAUCGUGCCGUCCGUCGUUUGCACCGCCAGCGCCGGCGGCCGCACCAGCGUCUGCCACGGCGACUCCGGCGGCCCGCUGGACGUCGGCAGCGGCGCCAACCGACAGCUGAUUGGAGUGACGUCAUUCGUGCACCGCAACGGCUGCCAGAGCGGUCACCCGUCGGGCUUCAUGAGGGUGUCUUCCUUCGUCAACUGGAUCCGUCAGCGGCUGUGAGCAGCAGAGCCUGGGCCCGCAAUCACUGCUGAUUACCUAUUGUAACAAUUAAAUGAAUCUUAACCUAAUUCUUUUAUCUUGAAGUAGCCUCGACCAUUCGUUGACUCUUUACUUUGGACCCACCAAUGAAUUUCGUGUUCUCUGAGAUAUAAGAUUCUGGCCGAAUUAAAGAAAAAUCAUACCCACAUACACACAAUAGUUUAUUAUAAUUCGUCCGGAUUCGACCGGGAUGUGUACCUGAGCACUUGGGCAUAUUUUGCUCAUACAAAAGUAUAUAAAAUUACUUGGAUGUGUGGUACCCACGUUUACUUUUACUUUUUGAUAUACUUAUUUUAGUAAUUACGAUUAAACAAAAUCUAUUAUUUAUUGUAAAAAUUUUGGAAUCAAAAUAUAGUCAAAAUAAAAUUAGUUAUUGAUGACGAAUUCAUUAGACAGACAUGAUUUAUUUAGAAUAAAUAGAGAACCUCCUAGAAAAUACUUUUAAGUCUUAACUAUAUUUUUUUGCAUUAUUUAUACAAAGUGAAACAUUUUCGGUCUGAUUUGGCAUUUUUUUACAGUAGGCUUUGAAAUAUUAUUGUUUUACGCGCGUAUUAUAUAAAUUAUUAUUAUGAGAAGGAGCGCCAAAAACAAAAUAUUUUUGUAAAGUGAGAAUGAUUUUUUAUGCCAAGGUGUAGGGAAAAUAUUAAUAUCGGUAUUCUGUGCAUAAAAUAAGGGUUUAAAGUACUAAUUUAAUUUACGGAACCCUACACUACGCGUGGCACGACACACACUUAACCGAUUUUUAUUAUUUAUACGACGAAUAGUCAUAUUACUUCUUAAAACCUUGACAUAUCAGGUACAUUAAAAUCACCAGCUGUGAUUUCGAAUUGGGAUUUGUGAAUUGGCUGAUUCUGAUAAAACUAAAUUAAAAAUCGAAAUUGUAAUUCAAGUGUCAUUUAUUUUAUUUGUAAAUGAAUUAUAAUCAUUCUGGCUUCUGUAGUUUCAUUUCUCUUCUUUCACAGGAAUAAUAAAGUAUUUUGAUCUG